UUGUUGAAAACCGCUUCAACCUCUUCUACCCCUGGGUUCCCCAAACACUUCUCAGAUGUUGCAGAUUCGAAAAAUACUCAAAACAAUGGCCAGUCACGACAAGAGAAAGCUAAAGUUCGACGAGCGUAUGCCUUAGGAGGUUGUCUGCUCUUCAUUUGGCUAUCCACCCAUGGCAUUCUCCUUUACAGGCGUAGGAAUGAAUACAGAAAUUUGAACGAAAAACUACCUGCUAUUCCAUUUGCUGAUUUCAUGGACAACUACCUUUCCAAGGGUUUGGUGAAAACAGUCGUUUUUCAACCUCAGUUCAACGUUGCAAAUGUAUAUUUGUUCAGUAAUGAAGAACAACAGAUGAAGAACGUGGUUGUUUCAAUGUUUCGUGCUGCUCCUGAUAAAUUUUCUCGACCUCCUGAUGUGAGAUUCAUUUUUGAAGGAGAUGACAAACAGCUUGAAAACGUUAUUUCUAAUGUACAAAAAGAGGCUAUGGAAGCAGGAGUGGAACUCUCAUCAGUUGAGUACUCCGUUGAUCAGUUCCCAAGUUAUAGAGAGCUUUCUUUCAUAAUUGCAAGCACCUUGUUCACCCUAGCCGCAGUAACGCUGAUGAAAUAG